GCGCACAGAUGGCAAGCAACACAGAGAUGGCACUCUUUGAUGUUACAGUGAGCUCUGCAGACGAUUACACCUUCCAUGAUCAUGAUAUUGCAAUGAACUCAACAGAAAUCUACGACUACGUUGAUCCCUUCGAAAACGACCCGCUGCCCUUGUCCCAUAUCUACAUUCCUGUGCUGUACUUCAUCAUGUUCUUCGCUGGCUUCACUGGGAAUCUCUUUGUCAUUUUGGUCAUAGGCUACCGCCGCAAGCAUAACGGACGUCUUGUGGACACUUUUGUACUGAACCUGGCAUUCGCUGAUCUUGUAUUUGUCCUGAACUUGCCGCUGUGGGCCGUCUCCGCAAGCCAUCAUUUUGAGUGGCCCUUUGGAGAAGCCAUGUGCAAGAUCAGCAGCUUCAUCAUCGCUGUCAAUCGCUUUUCCAACAUCAUCUUUCUCACGUGCAUGAGCGUGGAUCGCUAUCUGGCUGUCGUGCGGUUAAUGGACUCGCAAUUCCUCAGAAGUAGCUACUGUGUGCAGAUCACCUGUGGCAUCGUGUGGAUCAUUUCUUUUCUCCUGGGAAUACCAUCUUUGGUAUACCGUAAAAUGAUGGACGAUCGGCUGUGUUCGGAGGAUUCAACGUCCUCUUUUGUGCAAGGAAUGAACCUUCUCACCAUAAUUCUAACGUUCCUGCUACCUGUUGUGAUUCUGGGCCUUUGUUAUGGGUCAAUUCUGGUAAACCUGCGGCGUCACUGUCAGUCUGCCGCAAACUCGCGUGCAGGAGCCAGACGACGCCACUCCCUCAAGAUCGUGUUCACUAUCAUUUCAGCCUUUCUGAUCUCUUGGCUUCCAUUCAAUGUGUUUAAGAGUAUCCACGUUUUUUUACUGAUAAGCGCAGGAGAGGUUAGUGAGGAUGUUAGAGUCCUCUUAUAUAAUGGAAUCACAUUGUCCUGCUGUCUGGCAUUUCUCAACAGCUGUGUAAAUCCAGCCAUCUACUUGUUCCUGGAUCAGCAUUUCAAGCACAGAGCUUACGUACUGUGUCUGACUUGCCUGGGUCAAGGUGAUACGCAUCAAAGCUAUAUCUCCUCAAAUUCUUUCUCUAAUGGCACCACUGAGAGUUACUCUAGAAAUACAUCUACCCGUGGACGCCUUUUCUCACUUACUCAAAAGAACUGAACUUUAAUUUUUUUUUGAUGCUCUGCUUUCUUUAUCGAUCAACUAUUGAAACCGAGACAUAUUUAACAAGCUUUCACUUCUAAGCAAAUUUGCAGUGGCAACAUUAAGCAAUGCAUUAAAUAAUCAAAAAUAAUAUUGCAUAUAUUACAGCAUUUAUUUUUAUGUACUUUUUAUGUUUUUAACAAUAUUUUUAUACAAUGGUAUAUUUCUACUUUUUUAAAUAAUGGGUCAUAUAUUUGGGAAACUGACUUGUUACUCAAAUUGCUUGCAAAUUGUUUAAAGCAGUGUAUGCACAUAGUUUUUGAUAAUUUGGUCUUCAGUAAUUUAGAAGACUCCAGUAAUCUAAAACGUUGUUGUUUAAAAAUGUAGUAAAAUUUAGUGCAGUAUAGGUUUAUACUUCACCAGAAUAAACUUCAGACAAUAUUUUAAAUAAACAGCUUUUCUUUUGUAUUAAAAAGUAUUCA